CAGAUGUUCAAAAAUUCGCCGACGAUUUCGAUCGAAAAUUUCAGAAUUUCCCACCCUCCGCGCUCGCUAAAAGGCGACGGAUAAAGAGACCCGAUAAACACGCGGAUAAUUCCAUCUAUAAAACCGUGUUUAAAAGCUACGUCCACCGAGUCCAAAAAUGAUUACCCAAAGCACGGUCGCACAAAAAGCUUUUCAGAGCUCCUCGUCGCUCCUUCUCCCUGGCCAUCAAUUUCCACGCGUUAUUCACAAAACGAAGAGUCACGAAAAAUGAAGGAAAAAAACGAAAAAAACAAAAAAAAACGAAAGAAAGAAAUUUAAAUAAAGUACGACCGUUAUCUGACUGUUGGGAUACGUAUAAUAUUUACAUGGAAAUGAAAACGAUCUGAUCGUUCUGUGACCGAUUCAAGGUUACCAUAACAAAAUGACCGUAAAUGUAGCCAUAAAUUUCAUCUCCACGGGGUGUAAUAGCUGCACGUGAAUGUAUCUGCACGCUUUAUUGCGUGCAUAACUCCCCCGUCUAUAUACGUAUAUAGAUAAGAAUGACAAUCAUUUUUUAACAUCGGUUACGAGAGUAUUAACUGUACACGUUACACGGGGUAGCGAUCAACGUUCGUAUUUCAUCGACAUUCGAACAUUCGGGUUUCGCCCGACGAAAACGGUAGCAGGUUCACCGGAAUAUUUCUCCACGCUCGUCAUGAACAACUUCUCGUGGAUUUAUUGUUCGUUGUGGAUAUACGGUGAGAUCAUUACCAGCGAGAGCAUCGUCUCGUCGCCGAUGACCCUUGAACGGAAUUACGCGGACGCGACGGAGAGGGCUCGCGAGCUCGCUAAACUACAUCCGAUGGUGACGUGCGUGCGGAGCAUAGCCAAAGGCUGGUUCGUCAACGAGGAAAGAGUUCCGGUUCUGCUGCCGAGUUUUCUGGACAUCCACGGAUUGUCGGAAACAUUAUUCUCCGGACUCCAGGAGGAAGUGGUCACUUAUUCGGUAGCGGAGAAUUUCGCCAACGAGUCGAUUUACCAGACGGCUCACAGCGCCGUCGUAUUGAUUCGCAACUCCACGGACUUCGCUUCCAUAAACGAUCUGAACAAUCUGUGCGCCCCGAGAUGCAGAUUCGUCGUGUGUCUGGUGACUUCCUACGAGAACGAGACUGGCUUUCUGACGGAAGCGAACCAAGUGGUGGAAGCCCUAUGGGCGAUGUGGAUUGCCACCGCAGUGAUAGUGGCACCGGUCGCCGAAAAACACCUCGUCGCCGGAAGCUACGCUUUCAAAGCUGAGGCGUGGAGGGUACCGGCGCUACCGGAAAUACUGGGAGAUUGCAGCCGCUUGGACAGGGAGAGCAACGAGCUGAUAUUUCACGAGGUGAUGUUGAAUCACUGCAGAAUAAACAUCACCGUAUUCGAUUGUCCCCCCUACGCCGACGUUGCGGAAGAAGAGGGUCGCGAAGUGGUCGUCGGUAUGGAAGGUGAUCUCUUCGAAACCGUGGCCUUCGACUUGGGACUGAACUUGAACAGGAUGAACAUCAACGACGACAACAACGACAGCGUGUACGACGACCUGGUGGCUAUUCUGGACGAUCCCGACGGCAGCGACGUGGUAUUUUGCGGAAUGUACUGGGGUGAUUCGGACACGGUGGAGUACAGCAUCCCCUACGAACAGGAGCAGAUAGUGUGGCUGGUGCCUUCCAGACCAGGUUUCAGUCUUUUGGGAUUGGUGACGCCGUUGAGACCGAGAGUGUGGUACGCUGUGAUCGGAUUGUUGAUUUUAGCCGGUCUUCUGAGGAUCCUGUUGUUCAAAAACUUAUCGAUUUUGGACGUCUUCGGUCUUGUAUUGGGCAUAGCGUUGCCCCGGCAACCGACGAGUUUGUCGAAUAGGAUCCAAUUUGCCUCAUGGGUGUUAUUCGGCUAUGUGAUAACCCAAAGUUAUUUGGCUUCUCUGGCCGGGCAACUCAUGAAUACAAAUUAUCAAACGAUCGAGACGAUGGAAGAACUCGCUAGCUCCGGGAUUACUUUCGGCGGUACCGCUCGCCACCGGGAUCUCUUCAAGAACGACGACACCGAGAUAAGCCAAAAAAUUUACGACAAAUAUCAAGUUCUCAGUCAGAUGGAGUACGAACAGGUGGCGGAGGACAUGAAGAUCGGUAAAAACACCAGUAUGGCUCUGGUGGUGGAAAUGAAAAUUUCACACGUUCAGUAUCACCCCGGUCCCUACGACCCCCACAAACUCAACGAGAUCAUAGCAGCCUAUCCUAUAUCCCUGGUGGUUUGGAAGGGCUUGCCUUACCUGGACCAAAUCAACGCCAAGGUCUCCCGUCUCACGGAAGGCGGUCUGGUCAAUCACUGGGCGGGCAAAAACGUCAACGGUUCCUAUCCUAUGGUCGACAUCAGCAGGUCAAACGAACUGGACAUUCUACACCUCAGUCCAAGUUUCUUCCUACUGUUGCUCGGUCACGCUUUGAGCAUAACGAUAUUUCUCAUCGAGAUCGCGGUUUAUGCUAAAAAGAGUAAUCGGUUCACGUCACACGGUAAACGUGGGAAAAAGUCGAGAUAAUUUUUCUGGUUUUCUCGUUGAAAGAAAAAAAAAAAAAAAAAAAAAGAAAGAAAGAGAAGGCGAUAAAAAUGCUCCGUGUAUAAGGAAAAAAUAUAUUUCUCCCCAGCUUUUUUUUUUUUUAGAGCAUAUUGAGAUGUCGUAACGGCGACGAUGAUCGUUACAUAAAAAUAGAAAGGGGAUUCGUCGAGCACGCGAUAACGAUGAAGCGGCGUCGAAUUCGCGGUCGAUGUGCGAGGGGUGAGUCGGGGGAUGACGGGGAUGACACACGUAACUACACGGAUGUCGCGAGGGGGUAUCGGGGUGAUCAAAAAGAAGCCUUUUUUUCACGAUUGUUAUCGUGGUUUUAUUUUUUAUUACUUUAGGCAGGGUUCGCGGGGGGUGACGUACAAGUUUGUUUCAGGGGUGGCGCGUAACGCGGAGCGUGUAGUUGUCGCGGGGCGGUCCACACGCGAAUAGUUAUUAUUCGGUGUCCCGUUACCCGACCGAUUCCCGAACACCUAAACACGCCAGUUUCACACAUACAAUUCGCGCAAUUUAUGAUCCUAUCAAAACGAGGCAACAACAAUUACUACCGAGGGUAGUAAAAUAUAUAACAAACCAACCGACAAACCAUCCGAACCGACCGACCGACCGACCACUGUUUUCGGUUCCCGGCUCAGUUGUGAAUCACCGAGGGCAACAGGAACUCCAUCUCUGUAUUGACCGUUCUAUGCGCACCGCCUAUUGUGUAUAUAUACGUAUAUACAUUCAUCCCACAUAAACAACUGCACGCGAACCCCGGUGAGUUUAACUAGUCUAGCGAAAGGGCGUGGGCCGCAGGUGGAACUAGGUAAUUUGAAUUUUUAUUUCCACUCUAAAUUGGAAGAGAGUUGUCGUUUUUUUUUUUUUUUUUUUUUUUUUUUUUUUCUAUUUAUUUUUAUCGCAUAUUUGUUUUACCGUAUCGCGGAAAACAUUUCAUUUAUCGUUACACGGCGAUCUAAUUUUCGCCCUCCAUUUUAUUACACUGCAAUUGAAAUUCCCCAUCGAUCAAAAUUCGCGGGUAAUAAUAUAUCGCGAUCGAUCUUUCGGGCGUCGAAGGACUCGACAAAUAAAUAUAUACCAUUCGGAAUUCUAUGUUCUGUAUAAUUUCUGCGCGAGGGUAUAAAACGUGCAGAACUGCAAUAGGUAGACACCGUAUCGGGAUGAUCCUCUUCUUGGAUUAAGCAACAGCACAACGCUCGUAAAACCGAAUGACUCCUGAGACGCUCGAAAUACCCAGUCAAGGAUUAGCGGAGCCGGUUUCACGGCAUAUUGGAUCCUAUUGCGGGUCCGUCGAGUCCCCCGGUAUUUCUGACCAAUCGGUACCGACCCCCUACCGAACGGAGAGAUAAAAAAUAUUAAACUUCCUUUACCGCUCAGAGGUGAACCGCCGAUUGCUUAUUACGUAACUGCGUCAGGUUCACCGAAGGACAGAAACAAAAAUAUCCCUAUCGAAAAUCUAUAAUCUUUCAGAUUUUUCAUCCCCGUUCUGAGAUCACGUGCGCGCGUCACGAAACGGAAUUCAAUGCAGGCGUGUAGCGGGAGCCAUCCAAUUUUCUGGCCGGUAACGAUUAGAGAUAAUUUUUCCCGUGAGAAUUUGGAAAAAGGAAAAAGUAAAAAAAAAAAAAAACAGAGAGAGAAGGGUGUUCGAAAAGAGGGAGGGAGGGGUGGCCGUAGGUAGAAAUUGACUGUUUUCGCGUAUCGAGGUCCUCUGGGAUCGGGAAGAAAGUGACGAGGAAGGUGAAAAUUUCUUUGUUCCCUUUUUUCUCCCCCUCCCCCACCAUCUCCAGUACCUAUAUAUAUACCUCUGAAAAAGAAGGGUUCCGUCGAAAAAGAUAAAAUGGAAGUAAAAAAAAAAAAAAAAAUCAGCGGAUAGAUGAAAACUUUUUUUCACGAGACAUUUCCCCGCGUCGACGACCGAUCUUAAAAUCCAUAGGGAUAACCCAUCGCUUUUGGCCGAUCGGCGAUUUUCGUGGUUAAUAUUUCGUUGACAUUUUAUAUGGCAACGUGUACACGUCCGUCGAUGUAUUAUACCUAUAUGUAAUAUUCCAUAUCCUGCAUGAUUCGCUAUACGAUUCUGUGAAUAUACAUCAUCAAUGAUCGGGGUGGAAAAGGGAGGAUAAAGUAAUAUCUGCAUUAUCAUUAUAGUAUUACCGAUAAUCGAUGGAAACGGAUGGCUUUGGCAAUCGUUUCAUCAAUCUUGUGUAGCGAUAUUGAAUAAUUGAUUCUCUCAAUUCUCUGUAAAACUAUAUUAAAAUGGAGAUUCGAUAGAAAAUUUUUUCGACCGGCUAAUUUAAUUACCUUCAGAGCUUUUAGAGCGGUAUACUAAAAAUUCCUUCAUCUCGCGAGCUUUUUAGCAAUAUUUCGAAUGCGUCGUAACCCAAAAGUCGGACGGACUACUAACAUGCUAAGUAUAGGCAUGUACGCCGUAUAGGUUGACGUAGUCGUUCUCGUAAAAAACAACGACGGUUGUACGUCCUCGUGAAAGUCUAUUAGGUGGAAACAGGGCGCGCGAUUCAAAAGCAAAAAAUAAAGGGUACGAAAAACAAAAAUGAAAAAACAAAAAAAUAAAAAAAACCAGGCGAAGAAAGAAGUGAGAAAAAAUUACCACCUCCUCGCAAAGCUUUUCGAAUUUGUCAGAGGUUGUUUUUCUUUUUUUUUUUCUUUUUUUCUUCUAUACGCCUUCCAAAAUGCGGUGAUGUAACGUUGGCCAUUUUCACUGCUCGAGUUCGAGAAAAAUUCCCUCGUGAGAAAGUUUGAAUUGCUGGACGGUAACGAAACGGCCGUCGAUGGGUAUGGGGUGUUAGGAUCGCCGUUGAUGGCUUUCAACCGAAUUUCGUGCGUGAAUAUAAGAAAUACUUUCGGCACGUGAGGCCAUUGUUGAAAUUAUCAUGCACUGUGCGGUUACGCGGUGGUGGGUCCUAAACGCCCGAAACGACGACAUUUGACUAAUUUACUCAACGCGUAAUUUAUACAUACGAUCGUUUCUGGAGCGAUCGCCGUAUAAAAGGUGGCGUGGUAAUAGCGCGGCUUAAGUCGCUGAACGUCAAAGUCACGUGCAAGACCUGCACCCGAAUGGCGUGAGUCGUGAAUCUUCAGCUUUUAUAUUCAGCUCGAGUCUCGUGCGUUCGUAAAGAUUCGAAUAAGAAAUGUCAAUCGUUUUACUUUUCACGCUAGACGGGAUGUCCCUUUUCUUCUUCAAAGCGUAAAAUGGAAAUACUUGACUCUGGACGGAGGUGGGGAGGGGGGGUGCGGUGCGGUGGAUAUGAAACGACGCGAUUUAUUGGUAAACGAUAAACGAUAACGGAAUAACUAUUAGUCGUAAAAAUUGUACGCUCCGCUGGUCAAAAAUCGAUGCGGAAUUUUAGCCGUGAAAUUUGAUUCGGGUGCACGGGAUCAGUGCGUAAUCUGGCUAUCGCAGUCGGGCGAAAUUCGAAUUUAUAAUAUUUAUCGGAAAAUAAUUAUUUGUGUUUUUUUUUAAUUUUUUUCAUCUGACUUUUCACUGCACGCGCGUAUCGCCGCGCAAUAUGUAUAAUGCGGAGCGGUUAAAAACGGUCUGCUGAAAUAGAAAAUACGAAUCUCUUUUUUUUUUCUAUCCCGUUUUGCUUUCACAUGUUAUUUAUAUCCUCGUGUUCGACCAGCGCGCACGUUGCAGUUAUAGUUGUAAUGAUAAAUUUGAAUGUAUUAUUUCAUACUUUCAACCCUCUCAACAUGGCAGUCGUCAUUUUCAUCGAUAUAGAAUUUAUGUGGAGGAGAAAAGUCGAUCGGUUAAUUUCCUCUCGCUGGUUCUACGCGUCCUCCGAAAAGGAGCGACGGCAUUCUCCGAAUCCGGGAAAUCAGCGAACCAAAAUUCAACCCUUAUACGUACGGUGUACGUACGUAACACGGGAAUUUUGUAUAUGUAUGUAUGACGCGUAGAAAAUCGAGAGAUAUAUCGCAGAUGGAGAGGGUCAAAGUCAGUGCGUCCUUGAGAGAGAACUCCGAGAGCCGAUAUACGGGCGACAAAGGGAAAUAUACAAGUAGAAGGAACUCGAACUCUGACCAAAGAGUAACAUUUUCUUUACGAUUUUUCGCCUCCCACCCGACGACACCGCGUCGUCACCGAGGAGGGCCCGCAGCACGCCGGCUCGCGCUCCUUUAUUAUCUUUCAUUUUCCCUUUUUCACUUUCUUUCCAUUUUGUUUGUUUGUUUGUUUGUUUUUUUUUGUUUUCUUUCUAUUUGUUCGGUUCUUUCUUUUCUCUUCUCUCGCGCUCUGUUAAACGUCUUUGUGAACGAAAAAGCGGAGAAACAAACUCACGGCUCUGCACGAAUGCCCGAAAACGAGCUAGCUCUCCUCUUUCUUUCUUCCCCCUCCCCCCCCCCCCUCCCCCCCACCCGAAAUAGAAAGAGGUUGCAGGGACAAACGAACGAGGAAAGAAUAAAGUGGAGAGAAUUUCAGCGUUGGUCAGACGACGAUCUCCUUAGCAUGAUUGUUAUCAGUGAUGUAUUGUUAGCUUGCGAGGCAUGCCAACGAACCAAAGAUUAAAGAGGGUUCCGGCGCAGAAGAGAGAAUUCCGCCAUACGGAGGAGGGAGAAACUGGUUUAUCAACUAUCCAGCUGCUCAAUGGAAUCGGUUUUCUGGCCAGAGGUUGCGGAGGAUGCUGCAGAGGGUCGUUUCUGUCGACCUUCGGACUGCGGGGAGGAGGCGAGCUGUGUCAGCUUGUCGUCCUUUAUCCGACUCUCCCGACCCAGCCUGCAGUUUCUCUCGGUGUUCGGAGAAAGAAAAAAAAACGAAAAAAAAAAAGAAAAAAAGGAAGAAGAAGAAAAAGAAAAAUGCGGAGCGGGAGAAGCGAACGCUGAAAACGGGAGGAAAAGCGGUUUUUCGGGAGAAAUUAUG